AUGGUUGAAGUUGUGAAUCAUGUUACUGGGUCCUCAUCCUCUGUUCCGUCAUCCUCUGCUGCAGCUCCAAUUAAUUUCGAUGCUGGAAGCCCACUAUACAUCCACCCCUCUGACAGUGCAGGUUCAGUGCUUGUUCCUGUACCAUUUGAUGGUGCUGGUUUUCGAUCAUGGAAGAGAAGUGUGUUGCGUUCACUUUCCGUGAAGAACAAGUUAGGGUUCAUCAAUGGAGAAUGCAUGAAGCCAAGCCCACAGUCUCCUGAUUAUCGUCAAUGGGAGAGAUGUGAUGCCAUGGUCACCUCCUGGAUACUGAAUUCCUUAAGCAAGGAAAUUGCAGAUAGUGUAGAAUACGUGUUUGAUUCAUUGGAGUUGUGGAGGGAAUUACAAGAUCGAUAUGAUCAGACCAAUGGAGCUAAGUUGUAUCAAAUUCAAAAGGAAAUUAAUGAUCUAAAUCAAGGUAUACUGGACAUUACUUCAUACUACACAAGAAUGAAGAAACUCUGGGAAGAACUCACCACACUAAGUGCUAAGAGUAUUUGUAGUUGUACUUGUACAUGUGGUGCUAAACAGACAAUGCAUAAGGCUGAGCAAGACAGACGACUCAUUUAG